GUCCCACACUACUCCAAGAAGCCAUCACUCCAUUGAGCUCGAGCUGCUCUUGCACCCGACCGGGCCUUGAGCCCUUGACGGCUUGACGCCAUGUUCAGCGCCAUGUCCGCCCUCCUCUCCUCCCUCGCCCGGCGGCUGGUGCCGCUCCGGCGCCGGAAGAGCAUCGCGUCCUCCGGCUUCGCCGCCAGGCGGCCCUUCUUCCCGUGCGGCGCGGGCCGCCGCGACGUCAGCGACGACGGCAGCCCCUUCGUCGUCAAGCGCGGCAGGACGGCGAGGAAGGCGGUGAAGCCCAGAAGUGUCGGCGAGCGGAAGCGCGGGCGAGGCGGCGGGCAUCACCUCCUGGACGGCGGCGACGACGGGGCGCCGUGCGUGUGGCGGCGGGCGAUACUGCUGGGACGGAGGUGUCAGCCGCUGGAGUUCACGGGGGCGAUACACUACGACUGCGAGGGGCAGCGGCUGUGGCAGCCCCGCACGCCGCCGCAGUCCUCGCCGCUGCUGAUGAGCCCCGUCCGUCUUCUCCACCCUUCCGAGCUCGGCUACAUGGAUCGCGCCUAGGACGAUCGUCGGCACGUUGGCACACGUCGCAUAUGUAUGUGUAUGACUACGGAUGGAUGACAGACAAAGUACGUAGUUUGUGUUUCCGUUUGGUGACUUCAUUUUUCUUUCGUCCUGUAUUUACUAUACUACUACUGUGUGGUCGAUCGAGUCCAUCAUGUUCGAUCUCGAUCUGUUCUCUUGCGGAACAGAGGAACGGGCAUGACUAGCUGUUUCAGUGAAACUGUGAAAGUGUAGUCUAAGAGUUUGGUCAGUCUCCUGCGUCGUGUCAGAUUUUGGCAGAUGAAUGACGAACCCGUUUCGAAAAGAGAUUUGG